AAGCCAGAAUGCUUAUCCUAUUCAACAUUAGGUCUUCCAUCCUCCAAGCAUGAAGCUCCUGAUAUUCAUAUGUGCGCUCGUGGCUGCAGAAGCAGACAAACUUGAUGGACUUGGUGGCUACACACCACCAAGACAUGGUUCGACAGAUGUAACACUGUCGUCUUUAAUCAGGUCUGAUGGUGCAGGCCAUCACUCCUCAACAGCAGGAAGUACCCGGCAUUCUGCUGGCCAACAGCCUUCAGCCUUUUCUUCGGUAGGAGUUGGCCAGCAGCCCUCAGCCUUUUCUUCAGCAGGAGUUGGUCAGCAGCCCUCACCCUUCUCUUCAGUAGGAGUUGGUCAGCAGCCCUCAGCAUUUUCUUCAGUAGGAGUUGGCCGACAGCCCUCAGCAUUUUCUACUACAGGGGUUGGUCGACAGCCCUCAGCCUUUGGGACUGGCGGGUUAUUCGGUGUUCAUGCACAUGUUCAUGCACACCACUCACCCACUGGUAAUGGCCAGCAACAAGCUUUCCAACAGACAAGCUUUGGUUCUUCUGGUAUCCGCCAUUCAGGUACUACUUCCGGUCACCUACGAGGAUCUGCUCCAUUCCCUGGAAAGUGCCCCGAUGGACAAGUGCGCCACUUCGAUGGGCGCUGCGUGACGCCCGAAAUUUCAAGGAAAUAUCUGGUCUACACUGAGCCAGAAAAGAGAGCGAGGAAACUCCCUGCACCACCCGUGGAUGUCCCUCUGCCGAAGCUAGAGUACAACUACCUCUUCAUCCGCACGCAGGAGAAGGAUGAUGACGAAGCAGAUCACAUCGUUAUUCCACCGCCCCAGCAGAAGCAUGUCAUCUACGUCUUGAACAAAGAGGCUCACAGCCACGAGCGAGAGCUGAUUGAAGUACCGCAGCCCGAGCAACACAAUCCAGAGGUCUUCUUCGUCAACUAUGCCGAAGGUGAGACUCCAACGCUGCCCGAUGGCAUAGAUUUCAACACUGCCUUGAACUCAGCCAUUCCUGCAGAGAGUCACGUCAUCGACAACAGCGGCGAGCUCGGUUUAUCUCCUGGAAGGGGCGACUUGGCUAGCACUCACUUCGGUACUGGACUCACCGCCGUGACUGGAUCACAUUCUGGAUCCCAUUCCAGCGAAGAGCACCUCGGCGUAGAUGUCAGGGGUUUCGGCAGUUCAGGAACUGAUAGCCAUUUCACAAGCAGCUUGGGUGAUAGUACUUUUGGGACGCCCGCAGGAAGUGGUCACCACGACUCCUCAGCUGAAACCGAGAGUGGUCCUGUAUUUUUGGGCACUGCUUCCCUGGGCUCACAAGCUGGCGUCAGGGGUGGUACCCCCUCACAGACUUAUGGCACCCCUUGAUUUAUUCAUUAACUUGAAAUCCUUUUAUAAUUUAUAGACCAUAUUAUUUAUUCAUUCCAUAAUCAUAUGAACCAUGUUGCUAAUUAUCCUGCUGCAUGAACCAAUAUUAUCUCCGAUGUCAGAAAGAUAAGUUAUGAUCUGUAUUAGAUUAAAAGUGAAACAGUGCAAAUCAGUUCCAUUGAUUAGUUGUAAUCAUUACUUAAGCUAUGAAAUACUUAGGUCGCAGAAAUAAAUUUUGAUGCAUUUCCAA